UCCUUUGUCGAAGACGCUAGUGACAAAAACUGUAUGCUACGACUGCGGUUUUGUUUUCAAGAACAGAAAUAGAAGGCGACGCAUUUGGGGGAAAAAAAAUAUUUUAGGUACUUUGUGAGGAAAUCGUAUCGACUUCGAAAGGUAUGCAACAGGAUGCAUUUGUUGAAAAUGAUUUGCUCAAAUAUUAUUGUGUGGAUUCAUCACUGCUUUGGAAAAGCUCUUGAAAUUGCUGCGGAAAGCGGAACCUCAUUGCCAAACGAGGAGGUGUACUAUGAAUAUGUACCAGGCAAGCUGCAGUGGCAUGCUGUCCAUAGGUUGUGUAAACAGCGGUCCAGCACCUUGGCAGUGAUAACCAGUGUUGAAGAGCACCAAGAACUGACCAACUUUCUGCAGUCCUUGAACAUCUCCCAGCCUGUAUGGAUUGAAAAGAUUAUUGUUCCUGAAAUAAGUGGUACUUCAGACUCCUUAAUUCUGGAAUUUUUUAGGCGAAGUGACCGCCAAUCUGCUCGACUCCUGUACAGUUUCUCCAGAAUGCCUACUGUGACCGUUUGUACUCGACUUCGCUUUGAUCCCAACUGCCAUGGAGAGUCCACUGUAUUCUCUUACUCUGUGCCCUCAGUCAAAGAUGAGUUCCAGCUCCGAGCUACAGUUACCCAAAGCGAACCCAUCCAGCUUGCCCUGCUUGUGCAUGGCAUGCAUGGCUCCUACCAACCAGGCUUUGCCAAUGAUGCCGCUUGGCACUCCUUGUGUGUGAGCUGGACAGGUAAGGGUGGUGAGUGGUCUAUCUCAGUAGAUGGCCUGGAGGUUGGGCAUGGGAGUGGCCUCUGCUCAACUGACCAUAUCAGGGGGAAUGGUGUUUUUAUCAUCGGCCAAGAUCAAGAUACGUUUGGCGGAUCCUUGAAAAAUGAGGAGGCGUUCUGUGGGAGCAUCACCCAGCUCUACAUAUGGGAUCGGGCGUUGGACACCACUGAAAUCCAAAACAUGGAAAAAGAGUGUUCACCCAUUCCUUAUGGCCUACUUUUCAAAUGGAGCGCCUCUGGGCUGGAAAUGGAGCCCUCCCUACCGAAGCACUGGGGACAUGUUCAGUGUCAAGGUAUCAAUGGUCAGUUGACUCAACAGUUCAUAGUCCCUUGGUUGAAUGCAAGUUUACAGUAUCACAAUUUUUCUCUAGAGGAUUCAUGGAUACAAAAUAAUGAUACCUGUGUAAUGUUUGACCCUACCAAUGGAAAGUGGGGCUGGGAUUACUGCAAGGCACAAAGAGGGGGUGUUUGCCAGAUUCAGAAUGAACACUUGGAUAACCUUGGCUUUCCCAACACCCCGUUAUUUACACAAGUCAUUAAUAGGAGUCAUUACAACCCUGAAUUAGAAGAGAAUAAUUCAACUUUUUUCCCAGAGAAUGAGCUAAUUUGGUUGAGCUUCUUUUCUCAGUCUAUUGUGAGGGUUAUUGAGACUAGUCCAGAUAUCAUCACCCCCUCCGAUCUGCUGUACCUCAUACAAACCAUUGAGCUGGCUGCAGCUGCUCAAACCAAUAAAACAGCUUUCUCUUCAGAAGUCCUCAAGACAAUGGCUACCAACUACCUGAACUUAGCCAGCAGUAUCAUUGAUCCUAUCUUGGUCAGGCAAUGGUUGGAUCUGAAACCACUAGGGAUACACCUUAGACCAUUCAUGAUUGUAGAAAGCAUUGACAAAUUGCUUUGGGCACUGGCGGAUACAAUCUUUUCAGAAAGGAAACCCUUUACAGUUUCAACAAAAAAUAUAGAUGUUCAUAUGGAACCAAAAAAGUUAUCUCAGAUGAGCUGCAGCUGUGUGUAUAAACCUUCAGCACAGACUAACCAUGCCAGCAACCAAGAUGAAAUCCUGAUCCCAGAGACUGAGGCUCAAAGAAUUUACGCCCUUGGUCACAAGGAUGUAAUGUUUAUUCAUGCCUACUACAGCCAGUUGGUGGAGUUGCUUUCUAAAACUGCAGGUGACCAGCAGACAGAGAGAUCACCCUUUGAUCAUCUGGCUUCAGCAGUCAUAUCUGUAACAGUGCGAGAUGUAUCCAGGGUGGAGAAUGUUCCAGUGUCUGUCCAGUAUACUCUAUCCACUGUAAAAGUGGAGAAGUAUUCCAAGCUUGGUACGCCUGGUUGCAUAUUUUGGAACGUCAGUAUGAUGGCUAAUCAUGCAAGUGAUUGGUCAGACAAAGGCUGUAGAGUGUUGUACUCUGGAUCUGAGGCCACGUCCUGCUUCUGCAACCACACCACCAACUUUGCUGUCCUUAUGAAUUAUAUAGAGGUCGGGUGGAGUGCGGAGGAGGAGAGCAUUUUGACCAAGCUGACGUUUAUCGGGUCGGGAGCCUCACUCUGCGCACUACUGGUGACCUUGAUGCUGUUUACCGUGCUGGACAUUCCAAAAUCAGACCGGACAUCUAUUCACAAGAAUCUUUUCAUAUCGCUCAUCUUUGCUCAAAUUGUCCUUCUCUGUAGUGGCUCUGCUAUUCAUAAUAAGGUGGCUUGCACCCUGGUGGCGGCUCUGCUCCAUCUGUUCUUCAUGGCAGCAUUUAGCUGGAUGCUGGUGGAGGGGCUGUUGCUUUGGAGCAAGGUGGUGACUGUUAACUUGAGCGAGGAUCGCCACAUGAAAUACUACUACAUGAUUGGCUGGGGUCUGCCUGUCCUGAUAGUCACCAUUACUCUUGCCUCGGCCUCAGGCAAUUACACAGCGGAUGGCCACUGUUGGCUGAGCGUACAGAAUGGAGUCAUAUGGGGCUUUGCAGGCCCAGUCAUCUUUAUCAUCAUGGUAAACAUUAUGGUGCUGACACGUGUGGUGCUCAUUACCAUCUCCACUGCCAAGAGAAGAUCUCUGAUGCUGGCAGCUAACACUAGUCCUGUGCAUCAGGCGUCUGAACAGAUAAGGGCGGCAGUAAAAGCAGUACUGGUUUUGCUGCCAAUUUUGGGCCUAACCUGGCUGUGUGGAGUUCUAGUCCCUUUCUCCAUCAUCAUGGCCUACAUCUUCAUCGUUCUCAACUCGCUGCAGGGUCUCUUCAUCUUCCUGAUAUAUGGCAUGUACAACACAGAGAUACGCAACACGGUCAAGAGGAUCAAAGAGAGGAGAAAAGCUCAGAAUUUCUCUAACUGUGGGAGCUCCAGACCUUCCAGCUCUGUCACCAGCUCUCGGCAGGGCAGCUCCCCUGAGCCUGGCCCGCUCGUUACGCAUGGGGCUGGCACUAGCCGGCCUGGGAGUCUCCCCGCACCCAUCGUCGGCACCAACUUGACCUGCAGCCAUGGGAGACAGAUAAUCCUAACUUGUGCCCAUGGCAACCUGAAAGAGGAUCCCUGCUGUCUUGCUAGCUGCAUCCACGUGACUAGACAGGAGCAGCCUCUGGGGGGUGUAGCAGAUUCAUGCAGUCUCCAUGUUCCCAUGGACGCUGAGCUGAUGUCCUGCCCAGCGUUAAGCUCAUCUCGACAGCAGCACAGUGGUUUGGAGCGCUGCUGAUACUCUUUUGUUUUGUAGCUGACAUACAUUUUGUGUCAAGUGUGAACCGUAUUUGUCCAGUUUUUCCAUGUGCCCAUUGUAAAGCCUCACAAAUUUUGUCCUUGUUGUACAAAUGAUCAGAGACAACACACCCUGAAACACAACACUGUAUAUAUGGGGUAAAGCACUGUAAAUAAUGCUAUUUCAUGCAAAUUAAUAUAUUCCCACAGUUUCCUUUGUAUUUAAAAACAAAAUUGCAAAGGUUCAGGACUGAAACCCUUUGCUUUGCAAUAUUAGAAAUAAUUUCCUGUAUACUUGCCAUUGAGCUGCAAUUUAUUUAAAACAAAAACAAAAAACUUUAAAUAAUUCAUAUUUAAAUUUAUCAAAAUGUAAUAACUUACUUUAUUUAGGAUAUGAGCAAGUUCUAGCCUUUUCAUAAGUUCUCAUUUCUGUCCCAACCAUGUACUUUUUGAUUAGCGCAAAAUUAGUCAGAAAAUCUUUACAAUGUACGUAUUUAGUUUUUAUAUUUUCACUGAUUAUUUUUUGAUGUUUCUUCUAACACUUUCCAUAUUUAUUUCAAAUUAAUACCUUGAAAUUAUUUUACCCAAUAGACAUUACCCAAUAUACUUGUUUGGUUAUAUUGUUAAUAACAGUAGCGCUGUCUUGAAUUUGUUUUAUUUCUAAGUACAUUUGCUGAAUGUUUCUCUACCUCUUUACUAUCUACACCUCUGUAAGGGCAGAAUAAGGAAAUAAUGAAAUGAUUUGCAAUACUAGUUUAUUGAAAUAUGAGGGCUAGAAUUCACCAAAAGGAAACGCUGUGACAGAACCUGGCUCAGGCUAUGGCAUCCAGGGCUUGUAAAAUAGCUCCCGAACUCAAUGCUCAGAGGUUUCUAAGCAUACAGGGCAGCUGCAAAACUUCAGAGGGGAAUUGUAUAGUAAUGAAGGGCAGAUAGCAGUUUUAGGUUUAAGAUUGUCUGUGUUCACAUGCAUUGAAUUUAUAACAAAUGGAGGAUAUAUUUUAUAUUGCCACUAAACCCACGAAGACUGGUUGUAUUGGCUUAAAACAAACAAACAAAAACUACAUAAAUAAAUAAAGAAAAAAAAGGCAAGAAUUUGAAAUAUAUGACUGUGUAACUUCUGGAUUUAAAUAUGCAAAUAGAAGGGAAUAUGUGUAUUUCUUGGUACAUCCUAUUGAGCAAACACUGUUUUAGCAUUCUGAUUCUUGUAGAAAAUUUACUUCAUUUUACACUGGUUUGUGAGACACAAUCCAUCAAAUGUCAUGAGUAGAUGUGGGACAAGUUUUGUAAGCUAAAAACAUUUUUUUUUUUAAUACAAAGGUGAUUAAACGUAAGGGAAUUAUAAUGCUAACAUGUAAAAGACAUUUUAUUUUUGUGUGCAUUUGAAAAUUCAAUAAAUGUGAUAACCAUGGUAA